AUGAUGGAAGAUGAACCAGAUUUUGAUUUUUCUAAAGAUAUACAAUAUGAAGAAAAUUUAAAUUUAAGGAAAUUUUAUGAUGAAUUAUUUCCAUUUACACUACUACAUGAAUGGUUAACCAUCAAUCACACUACAACCACAAACAAUCAAGAUUUUAAAGAGGAGGUACAAAAAGCAUUUGAAAGAAGAGAAUUUUCAGUUAGGGUUAUUGGUGAAAAAGUGUUUACAAUUCGUAAUAAAUCAUUUACUAAAGUAGAACAUUUAAAAGAAUUUUUAAAAGGAAGAAAUACAACCAAUCAACAAACAGGUGCCACUAGCAUUGAUUUACCCAUAAGAUUAGAUAUUGGACCAGUAUACAGUUGGGAGCCAUCAAAGAUGUCCACAGUAACAGAUUAUUAUCCAGUUUCAAGAGAAUUAGUAUUUGAUAUCGAUAUUGAUGACUAUAAUGAUAUUCGUGCAUGUUGCAGCAACACUGGUAUUUGUCAUAAAUGUUGGGGUUUCUUAUCGGUCGCAGCCAAAUUCCUCGAUCAUUAUUUACGUGACUGCUUUGGCUUUGAGCAAAUUAUGUUUGUUUUUAGUGGUCGUCGUGGUUUACAUUGUUGGGUAUCAGACCGUUCUGCGUUAUUCCUCCAAAAAGAGAACCGUCAAUCGAUUAUCAAUCACAUUCGUAAUGAAAUCACAGCCAAUCAAUUACCAGUCCUCAAAUACUCUUAUGACAAAUUCUUUUUACCAUUCUUUGAAGACCAUGUUGUAGAAGAACAAGAACUAUUUUCAAAUCAAAAGCAAUGCGAUACACUCCUUUCCCUCAUACCAAUUCAAAUUAAACGUGACAAACAAAUCAUUACACCUUUAGAAAACAUCAAAGCAAAAUUAGAAGAAAUUAAAAACACUGUUACUGAUCGCGAAAUUUGGUUUGCAAUUAAAAAAUAUUUAGAAGACAAUAACCUCAGAGAAUACCUUUACCAAAUCGUCUUCACCUACACCAUGCCUAGAAUUGAUGAACCUGUCACAAUCGGUAUGAACCAUCUUUUAAAAGCCCCUUUCUGUAUUCAUCCAGAUACUAAAAAACUUUGCAUCCCCAUCGAAUUAAAAAAUAUCGACCAAUUUGAUCCAAAUCAAUGUCCAACUCUUGAUCAAUUACUUAAACCUGACACUGGUUUAAAAUUAUUUAAUAAAUACAACCAAAUAUUUAAGAAUCAUAUCGAAAAAUUAAAAUUAAAAAGAAAUCUACAAAUCAACGAUAAUGAUCCAAUGCAAUUUUAA